AUGCGCCCGCCCCGUCGGCGCGCGCGCCCGAGGCUCGCGGCUUCUGCCUCCCGCCCCCACUCUUUUCGUUUCUUGUCCUCUUCCUAUGCAGCAGAAAGAACCCAAACCUUUACCCUGUCUCUUUCACUACAUGAAAGCACAGUAUCUGAGAGUAGGGGAAAGUCGUUUCAGUGGCGUUCUCGGCGCUUCUCCCAUUUCUGCCCAGCCCACCAGGCGUUGAGGAGAGGCAGCCAAGCACAAUGGCCGCAGUCGGGGCCGCGAGCUCUGCCUGUGCCCAGGCCCCGACGCCUGCUUGGCCUGGGUGAACACUGCGUCUGGCCGGGACCUCCAGAGCUACCCUUUGCCUCCCUGCGAUUGGCCCGUGCCAGACUUUUUCUGGGGCCAAGUGCAGACCACCCCGCCCGCCAGUCAAAGGUCGGGCCUGGCUCCCGCCCAGCGGUUGGUGAACCAGGGCUGCGGGCUCUGAGAGCUUCGGUCCCGGGCGGCAGCCCACCGCGGGCGCGGGGCCUGGGUGCGAGGGGCGGGGCAGAGACCGCGAGAGAGAGACCUGGUGGAAUUCGGAAGUGUCAACGCGGGGAAAAACAGUAUCUGGGGAUCCAGUUGCAAGACAACAUGGGGAUCAGUAAAUAUUCAACAAAUAAUGGAGUAGAAGGAGGUGAGAAAGAACUUUGCAGUGGAAUGCACCCUAUUUAGUUCUAAUCUUAUCUUACUAUAUGCUAUUAUAGACAGUCAGUGUAAACAGUGGUUAAACCACAGACUCUGGAAAUGAAGUUAAGAUUCCUGGUUUUGCCAGACACUAGCUAUACAACCGUUAACAAGCUAUAUGACCUCUUUGUGCCUCAGUUUGUUCUUACAUGAAAUGAGGCUAGUAAUACCUACCUCAGAAUCUUUAUGAGGAUUGAGUUUAUAUAUUUGAAGCACUUAUAAUAGUACCGUCUGUAAGCUAUCAAUACUUUUUAAAAGCAACUCUGUGAGGUAGUGCUGCAGGAAAUUAGGUCUUCAAGACAUUCUAGUAAUUGCCUAGGGUCCCAGAAAUUAGUAAGUGAAAAAUCUGGUCAUAUAAAUCUGGAUUUGACAAUACCCCCACAGGCAUUGCAUUAGUUGGGAUACAGAGAUGGCUUAUACACAAUGUGUCUUAAGAAGCAGGAAUAAUGCUUAAGAAAUAGAAUAAUAAAGUCCUUCAUAAAGAUGUUGACUCUCUCUUCCUCCUUCUCCCUUUCACCCUGUUUCUCGCUCUCUUUCUCUGUUCUUUCCCCAGGACUUUGCCUCUAUAUUUUUUAAUAACCCGCAGAGAGCAUUUUCUUAUUUACCCUCUAUUUUUUUACCUCAUGCUAAUCUUUCACUCCAGCUAUCUUGGAAUGAAGAAUCAGACCUCAGGUUAACCAGUUAUAUAGAGAAAUGAACUCCAUGAGAACAUGCACUUUGUUUUAUCCUGAGCACUUAGAAUGAUGUCUGUCAUAAAGUGAGUAUGCGGUAAAUACUUGUUGGAAAAAAGAAUGAGGAUAGUUCAUAGCACUGUGUAAUUUCCUCAUUUUUACUAACGUUUAAUAUGCUAUGUUGUCUUCUCCAAUCAACUGUUUGUGUUUGUGCUGUUCACUAGUGUAUCCAUCUCUAGAACCAGACACAUUAAAAAGGUAUUUGGCAACAAGAACAAAAAAAGCCCAUCCACACAGUUUCACUGUCACCCAGAUUUGAAGCUCUAUAGUCAGCUGAAAAGUAAUAGCAGCCACUUUGGACACUGGCCUUUUCAAGGAAUUUGUUUUAGAUGACAAAAUGAAAGAAAGAAAGUGAUUUUAAAAGUAAGCCCUGUGAGUAAUUUUUCCCAUGGAAAGCUGUUAACAUUAGCUCCAUACGCUGAAUGAUGUAGCAAUUAAUCACCUGAUAUAUCCAAAAUAAAUGACUGACUUAUACUGAACUUUAGCUCUAGAGAGGUCAUUGAUCAAUGUAGUAUCAUCACCACAGGUUACUGCAACUACAGCAGAUUGGAACGUUUAUAAAGGCUAAGGUUGUCAUUUUAACUCUCUUUGAGACCUCUUUGGAUGUAUGACAGCAGAUAAUUCCAACAGACCAUCUAGCAAUUGACCACCACAAGAAGUCUGAAUAACGCAUGUGAACAGAGCAGUGAAAACCCACAUUGUAGAAUGACUGGUAGAAUUGGUCGUUUCUCUUACCUACUCUCACUCUGUCUCUGGCAACCUAAAAAUAUAACUUCUUCCGUUAUCAAUAGGCCUCUUCUAUAGUAGUUUCCAAGCCUAAUUUGGGAACCCUGGAAAGGGUUACUGGCCAGGGAAGGUCAAUUCUAAGGCAUUUAACUCCGUUUAUUUGAGUAUGUGACACAGCACUUUCCCCAAUAGCAGAUUAGUUGUGAAAACAAGCAAUGAAAGAAUGUUUCCAUUUUGACCCAGCUGGAAUCAUAGUCCUCUCUCAGUACCAGAGCUGAUCCUUACUGUCCAUUAAAAUAGUCAAUCGACAACUGCUGCAGCCAGCUAAGAUGAUUUAGGAAUUGCUGUGGUUUGAAUGUUUGUCCUUUCCAAAACUCAGGCUGAAACUUAAUCCCCAAUAAGGCAAUAUUAAGAAGUGGGGACUUUAAGAGGUGAUUGGGUUAUGAAAGUUCUGCCCUCAUGAAUGGCUUAAUUCAUUCAUGGAUUAAAGGACUCAUGGGUUAUCAUAGGAGUGGGACUGGUGGCUUUACAAGAGGAAGAAAGACCUGUGCCAGCAUGCUCAGUUCCUCACCAUAUAAUGUCCUACGCUGCCUUGGGACUCUGCAGAGUCGCCACCAGAAAGAAGGCCCUCGUCAGAUGCAGCCCCUCGACCAUGGACUUCUCAGCCCCACGCUGUAAGAAAUAAAUUCUUUUUCUUUAUAAAUUACCCAGUUUCAGGUAUUCUGUUAUAAGCAACAGAAAACGGACUAAGAUGGGCACAUAUAGGAUGGUCUUAAUCAACUUUCUAGAUAGCCACAGAGGGCUUUCUGGUGGAAGUGGCCCUUAAGCUCAGCAUUAAAUAUUCAGAAAAAUUAUCCAUCUGGGACUCCAGAGACUUAAUUUUCUCAUAUUCAGCAUUAAAUUGGACACCCACUAUGCAGCAGGAGCUUGAGAUAUAAAGUUGAAUAAAUACAGAUUACUGUUCUUGGAAAUCUCCCAGCUUUUAGAUUCAAAGUUUCAUACUAUCCACCCCAUUCUGAAUGAGCUGCAGUGAUCAAUGUUUCUUCCUCAUUAAUUCCAGUCCCUCCUGUGCUUUAACUAAAUAUAUUUAACGACAAAAAAUCAGAAUGUCAUAAAUGAAAAGGUAUCCAGUAAAAUAAUUUCUUAGCCAUUUUAAGUACCUGACAUUAUGUAAUAAUGCUUAUCUACAUUCCCUGAACAAGUAGUAGGCAUACAUAGCAAGCAUAAAAUAUUUCUUGCUGCAUGAAUGAUAAUUUGAAAAGUUUUUACAAGCCAAAAUACUCCUGUUAUUCAGUAAUAUACAUAUAUGGUUUUUAAGGAAAACUAACCCAAACAAGCUGUAUUUAACGUCCUUCUUACUUUCAACAAUUGUUACUCUCCUUUAAAGGGUUCUCAUUUUGACCUCAUAAGCAAAACUUGAUUCCUAAACUGGGUACUGGGUGAAAUUCAGCUCUGGGAACCUCUUUACUCAGAUUUCCAAUUCCUUCUACCAGGAGAAUGUGAGCUGCACCACAAACUACGUUAACUGUUCAAAUAUAGAGUAGUCGCAUUCCUUAGAUCUCCUUUUGAAGAGAAGUUUAAAUAAUGCUAAAACCAUAGUUUCUUUCAUUUUAAAUCUGGAGAUAUAAUGUGUAUAGUGGUCCAUAAAGUUUCCUUACAACAUUUUCAGACAGAGAUGAGCCUUCCAUUUCCCAAAUAUACCUUUGUGUCACCUACCUUGUGUCAUUUACCUCGUAGUAAAUAUUGCCAAGUGAACACCAAAAUCUUGAUUUUCAGUCAAAGGCUCUAUAAUGGGCUGAGUUGUAGGGAGAAAGAAUGGUUCCAUGUGUAUGACCUGAGGGAAAGGUGGCUACUCUCAAGGACAACUUGACUCAGCUGUUUGCACCAUGUAGUGAGAAAGUAUCACAAGUUUCUGGAAUGGAAAGAAAUGAUAAGUUUCCUGUAAAGUGUCAGAGUUACAUUCAUUGUAAUGAUGAAAUCUGGCAGGCAAUUGCUUAAUCCCUGCCUACAGAGAGGAAAAAAAAGUAUUAGGAAAG